AUGUCCGCACCCCUCAACACCACAGCAAGCUUCAGCACCGCUUCCAGCUCCGUCUACUCCCCAACCCUACCCCCUACACCAGGACCCCAUCACGCCAGCAACAUAAGCGGCCAGCCGUUCGUUCUCCAUCCGACAACAGCCUACGCAACCAUCAACUGCCGUCGAGGGUGUGAACAGAACCUCAGGACCUCUGGCGCCACAGGAGCGAUAACAAUAACCAUGAUCCCCAUCCAUCUGAUCCGCACAAUUGCAUCUUGCCGCUCGCCCGUCAUCCCCAAAGGAUAUGGGUCGGGCAAGCAAGCCAGGACAACGGUGAGUAACCUGACUGGUAAGCCAUUCCAUCUGUACACCACGAGAGCAGCCACGAUCAAGCUCCGGAGGAAAUGUACACAGCGUGCCGGGUACUCAGCUGCUGUGGCCAAUGCGGCACAGAGUCUGAAUAUGAUUCCGUUGGACCUGAUGAGCGUAGUUGAGCUUUUUCGCUCGCCGACACCCUUUCCUAAGCCGAAUGCCUGUCGUCCGCCGAUGAGUAAUCUCAGCAAGCAGCCCUUCCAUCUCCAGACCACGGCUGUGGCGACGAUCAAGCUCCGCCGUGCUAGUCGCAUGCUUGGUCCCUACGCCGGGGAAUCGCAAUACCUGACCAUGAUCCCCCACGACCUCAUCAGAUCCGUGAAGAAGGCGUCAAGCUUGUCAUUCUUAAACUCCGCUACGAAGCAGAGGAUACAGAAGCGCGAACGAGCCGAAAAACAGCAUGCGCAGGGGUUUGUGGAGCAAAGUGCAGAGUUCGAGGAUGUGACGGAGUGGUUGGAGGAAGUGGCUAGUCUUGGCCCGAGUCCAGUUUGCAAGGCCAAGGAGGGCAAGAAGGUGGUGGGGAAGGUUGCUUGUGACCAGGAGGAGGAAUUCGAGGAUUUCGUCGAGUGGUUGGGUGCGGCGCAGCGCCGGGUUGAGGAGAGAAGUCUCUUCGACGACCACGACGACGGGAGUGGUGAGGAGGUGGUUUGGUGUGUGAGGGAUACACUUUUGUAG